UCGACCUCAGCAAAUUCAAGAAGUAAAUCAGUAUUGGCCUUGCCAUGCAUGUCGCUAAGCCGCUUUUACAGGCUCGCUUUGGACCCGUCUAAGCCUAAGUUCUCUGAAGAGGAGAAAGCGGCAUUGAAAUCUAACAUUCAAUUGUUACGCGAUGCUAUCGUACUUUUCACCGCUACCGGUGCUGCCCGUGGGGUUAGUGGACAUACAGGUGGCGCCUACGAUACCGUCCCUGAAGUCUGCAUCCUCCUUGCGCUGUUCAAUCACUCGGACACCUAUGUCCCUAUAGUAUUCGAUGAGGCUGGUCACCGUGUUGCUACUCAGUACAUUCUCUCAGUCUUAGAGGGUGCAUUGCCUGCUGAGCAGCUUCUACACUACCGAGAAGCGAAUUCCAAGCUUCCCGGUCAUCCUGAGCUCGGUCUCACUCCGGGAGUAAAGUUCUCUUCGGGACGUUUAGGCCACAUGUGGCCUCUCGUCAACGGUGUUGCCCUCGCGAACAAGGACAAGACCGUCUUCUGUUUAGGAUCCGAUGGUUCGCAGCAAGAAGGGAACGACGCAGAGGCUGCCCGGCUUGCCGUUGCUCAAGGCUUGAAUGUCAAGUUACUCAUUGACGACAACGAUGUCACCAUUGCCGGUCACCCUUCUGAUUACCUCAAGGGCUACGAUGUUACCAAGGUGCUUGAAGGACACGGCCUUAAGGUGAUUACCGUUCAAGGAGAAGACAUCGAUUCUUUGUGGGGUGCCAUCAGUUCCAUUGUCACAACUCCCGGACCCGCGGCUGUCAUCUCUAAGCGCGUCAUGGCGCCAGGUAUUGCUGACAUUGAGGGCAGCACCCAUGGGCACGACGUCAUCCCCGUCAAAAGCGCUAUCAAGUACCUGGAGUCCAGGGGAUACAGCACAUUUGGCGAAAUCCUGCUCAACAUCAAGGGCGCCCCUCAGCCAUUCUCUUACAUUGGCUCUACCAAGGAGACUGGUGCCAACCGGGCCAUUUUUGGUGAUGCUGUCAACCUUGUCCUAGAUGGUCUCAGCAAGGAAGAAGCAGCGAAGAAAGUAAUGGUCAUUGACAGCGACUUAGAGGGAUCGACGGGCUUGAAGGUUAUUCACCAAAAGCACCCGGAGGUCUUCGUCCCAUCCGGUAUCAUGGAACGCGGAAACUUUUCUGCUGCUGCCGGAUUUGGAUUCGAACAUGACAAGUUUGGUGUCUUUUCAACCUUCUCGGCAUUCCUUGAGAUGCUGGUAUCCGAAAUUACCAUGGCUCGGCUUAACCACUGUAAUGUGUUGUGCCAUUUCUCCCAUUCUGGCGUCGACGAAAUGGCGGACAACACGUGCCACUUUGGAAUUAACUCCCUCUUCGCUGACAACGGCCUUUCAGAUGUCGAGUCAUUCUUGUACUUCCCCGCAGACCCAGCCCAGAUGAUCGCUGUCGUGAAGCGCGUCUUCUUCGAACGCGGCCUUCGAUUCGUCUUCUCCACUCGUUCCAAGGUCCCGUAUAUUCUCAAAGAAGACGGCAAGACCAAGUACUUCGGCGACGGUUACAAGUUCGUUCCGGGUAAGGACGAAGUCAUCGUGGAAGGGAAAGCCGGAUACGUGGUUUCGUUCGGUGAGAUGCUCUACCGGUCCUACGACGCCGUGCUGCGUUGCCGGCAGCAGGGUAUCGAUGUAGGUUUGAUCAACAAGCCCACGCUCAGUUCAGUGGAUGAAGAGGUCAUCAAGAAGGUUGGAUCAAGCCCGUUCGUUCUCGUUGUGGAAUCCUUCAACCAGAAGACUGGGCUUGGGUCCAAGUUUGGAACGUGGCUUCUCGAACGUAGGCUCGCUCCCAAGUAUGCCUACCUGGGAACGACUAAAGAGGGCUGUGGCGGUCUUUGGGAGCAAAUUCCCUACCAGGGUCUUGAUUCGGAUUCGAUUGCCGCGAAGAUUGUAGUGUUGGCCAACUAAGCGGCGUUGAAGAUCGUAGUGUAAGAUUAGAGAAGUGUAGGGCUGACCAGGCCCGGAUUCAUGUAUGUACAACCAAUAUUAGAUCUUUUCGCUUUGCUUC